AUGGGCUUAAGUUUGUUAAAUAUUAUUUCGAAAUCAAAUUUUCGAAUACUUAGGCCAAAAUUACUAAGUAACUAUGUUGGAACGAAUAAGGAAUUGGUAUGCACAAGAUAUAUGAGUAACUAUUUACGUAAAAUACCAAUUACCACAUCUAAAAAGCAUAAUAUAGCAGUACAUAAAGAAAUAGCUGCUGUAAAUAAACUUAUCUUAAGAUAUACACAUUCUCAAAAGAAUGAGAAUGAUGGCAAAAACACUGAUGAUCCAAGAAAUGCUAUGAUGAUUAAAAUCAUGAUGGCAAUAUUUACAGUAUAUUUAACAGUAUAUGUUAUAAGUAUGUUAUUCCCUAAUGCAUCAAAUCCUGAAGAUAUGCGCUAUGUAUCUUGGAAUGAGUUUGUACAUUUAAUGUUAGCCAAAGGUGAAGUAGAAGAAAUAAUUGCCCGCCCCGAUUUAGAUAUUGUAACAGUAAGAUUACAUGAAGGUGCUAUUAUUAAAGGACGAAAAAUCGACCAAAGAACUUACCAUAUGAAUAUUGCAGAUUUAGAAAGAUUUGAACAAAAAUUAAGAGAAGCAGAAACAAAAUUGGGUAUAAAACCUGGUCAUGGAGUACCUGUUGUGUAUGAUCGUUCUCUUAAUGCACCAGAAUUAAUAUUAUUUUUAUUUUUCGCUGGCCUACUUGCUUUGGCAUAUUUUGGCCGUUCAAAGGGGGGUUCAAAGUCUCCGAUCAGCUUAGAUAUGUUUUCUCAAAUAAAACGAGCAAAGUAUACAUUAAUUGACCCAUUGAUUGGUCAAGGUAAAGGAGUUCGCUUUAAAGAUGUUGCCGGUCUAAAAGAAGCAAAACAAGAAGUUAUGGAAUUUGUUGAUUAUUUAAAGAGACCAGAUCAUUAUAAAAAUUUGGGUGCAAAAGUUCCCAAAGGUGCAUUACUUUUAGGUCCACCUGGUUGUGGUAAGACAAUGUUAGCUAAAGCUGUUGCAACAGAAUCAAAUGUACCUUUUUUAUCUAUGAAUGGUUCUGAGUUUAUUGAAAUGAUUGGAGGGCUUGGAGCUGCCAGAGUACGAGAUUUAUUUAAAGAGGGCAGAAAAAGAUCUCCAUGUAUAAUUUAUAUUGAUGAAAUUGACGCUAUUGGUCGUAAAAGAUCUUCAAGAGGUCCAGAAGGUGGUGGUGAUGAAGGAGAACAAACAUUAAAUCAAUUGUUGGUUGAAAUGGAUGGUAUUGGAUCCAAAGAAGGAGUUUUAAUGUUAGCUUCGACAAAUAGAGCAGAUAUAUUAGAUAAGGCUCUUUUAAGACCGGGACGUUUUGAUCGCCAUAUUCUAAUCGAUCUUCCUACAUUAGAAGAACGGAAAGAAAUUUUUGAACAACACUUAAAAAUCAAACUUGAUAAAGAGCCUAAACAUUAUUCACAAAAAAUGGCUCAUUUAACUCCUGGAUUUAGCGGAGCUGACAUAGCUAAUGUUUGCAAUGAAGCAGCAUUACAUGCUGCUAGAAAUAGUCAAAAAGUUGUAUUAGAAGCUGAUUUGGACUAUGCAGUUGAACGAGUGGUCGGAGGAACAGAAAAACGAUCUCACGCAAUUUCUCCUGACGAAAAGAAAAUUGUAGCCUACCAUGAAGCUGGACAUGCAUUAAUUGGUUGGUUGUUGCCUACUACGGAUGCUCUCCUGAAAGUCACAAUUGUGCCUAGAACUAAUGCAGCUCUGGGAUUUGCUCAGUAUACACCCACAGAACGAUAUCUACUUUCAAAGCAAGCUUUAUUUGAAAAAAUGUGUUUGGGACUUGGUGGCAGAGUAGCUGAAUCAAUAGUAUUUAACAGCAUUACAACUGGAGCUCAAAACGAUUUGGAUAAAGUUACUAAAAUUGCAAAUGCUCAAGUACGUCAAUAUGGUAUGAAUGAUAAAGUUGGAUUAGUGUCAUUUUCUGAAGAUAAAAAUAGCUUAAGGCCAUAUAGUAACAAACUUGCAGCACUCAUGGAAACUGAAGUAUCCAGAUUAGUUUCUGAUGCUUAUUUCAAAACAGAAAAACUACUUAAAGAAAACUAUAAUAAACUAGAAUUGAUUGCUGAAGAGUUGUUGAAGAAAGAAUCAUUAAAUUAUGAAGAGAUGGUAAAAUUAAUAGGUCCACCACCAAACGGGGAAAAACGUGCUGUAGAGAUGUAUGAGUUUAACUCACCUGUAGAUACAAAAAAUACUGACUCCUCAAAAAAUUAA